AUGGCAUGCAACGAAGGCAAAAAAUUCAAAACUCAAGCUCCCGAAUGCAAUAAGUUGGACUGUUGGUGCUUUCCAGAACCAUACGUCGAUCAAAAGGUAAAAGUGAAAAACAAAAAGUAUUGCUGGCUAUACCCUCAACGACAUGCGAAAGAACUGGACAAAAUGCUACCAAAUUUUGAGCAUUGCGAAACGCUUUAUACAUUAUGCGAUUACAGACUUGAAAACUAUGUAUUUAAACAAUUAUUGCUUAUUGAAGAACAAAUUCGCAAUUACAAAAACAAGUUAAGAAAAGAAAUCAAUUUCCAACGCAAGAUGUUAGAUGAUAUGUGGAAGCUAUCUCAAAGGUUUCUACUAUUAACUCAAUAUUAUGGUUGCGUUAAGCCAUAUCCUGACAUAGUUUCGAUACCGGCAGAAAAAAUCGCGCAAUGCAAGUUUCAAAAAAAGUUGAAAGCAAUCCAUUAUUCUAAUUGUCGAUUGGUAUUUUUAUUGGACGCACUUCGAACUUCGAUUAAAAAAUUAAACCACGUCUGCUCUCAAUUGGAUAUGUCAGUUCAAAGUCCCUUUAUUUUAGGCGAUUAUACAAUGCGGCCAUUAGCAUACUACCGUCGCUUAAUAGACGACGCGUUCGAGUAUUUCAAUAGCGUACUAUGCAAUUUGAAAAGUUGGACACAACUGCUUGAUAUAGGCGAUCCAAAUGCAAUAGACGACUACAAAGGUGUACUUGACCCCAAAAAAAAGUAUGAUGAGUUCAUAAACACUGGAAAGAUUAAUUGUACCUGUAUGCGUACCAAAAAUCUUGAAUGCAUUAUUGAUUUUGAAAACAAAUGCUAGAUAGGGUAAAACAGCGAAGAAAUCGAAUAUCACUUUAAUACUGAGGGUCCCAUUUUAUAUGAAAACCAUAGAUUCCCACUGUAAUCACUGUGGCAGCGAAGAACUAUAAUUAUACACCAGAUUUUUAAACACAUCUGGCAGCGCUAAUAACCUCAAAUGUUCAAAAUCAUGAAAGUCAACAAUUUUCAUUCAUUUAUUUGUUGAAGUUAUCUUGUAAUCGCUUUUUAAAUAUUUUUUAUCGGAUUUGGAAUUCUAUAAAACAAUGAGUAGUGAAAUUGA